GCACCGGGGAGCGCAGCCCGAGCCCCCCCCCGACGGGAGGCGGGAGCGGGGGUGGGGCCUCCGGUGGCCCCCCCCGUCCCGGGCGGCCCCGGGUCCCCUCCCCGCACGCUGCUGCCGGCGGGACUUCCUGAUCCCGCCGCAUUGGCCGCAGGUAGCGCAGCCGUGCGGGACGGGGCACGGACAGACGGACAGAGCCCAUGCGGACCCUUAGCUGAGCUUCAUCCCCCCCCCCCCCCCCCCUCCUCCUCGUCUUCCUCCUCCCUCCCUGCCCGGCUCCCUUCCUGCCCGGCACAUGUAAAACUUGUGGGGCUCCGCUCCCGUCGCGCUCCCGGUGCUGCUGGCGGCAGGAGCCGGGCUGGGAUCGUCCCCCCGCGGAGCAGAGACCCCUCCUCACCCCUCCCCGGAGCGGGGACCCCCCGGCUCCGCUGGCCCAUGCUGGAUUUCGGCCCGGGAAGGUGACUGCAGGAGGAAGCGGCGCCGCGCCGGGUCGGGGUAACCAUGAAUGAGAUGUCGAGUUUCCUGCACAUCGGGGACAUCGUCUCCCUGUACGCCGAGGGCUCCGUCAAUGGCUUCAUCAGCACCCUGGGGCUGGUGGACGAUCGGUGCGUGGUGGAGCCGGCGGCCGGAGACCUGGACAACCCCCCCAAGAAAUUCCGAGAUUGCCUGUUCAAAGUGUGUCCCAUGAACCGCUACUCUGCCCAGAAGCAGUACUGGAAGGCCAAGCAAACCAAGCAGGACAAGGACAAGAUCGCCGACGUGGUGCUGCUGCAGAAGCUCCAGCACGCGGCCCAGAUGGAGCAGAAGCAGAACGAGACGGAGAACAAGAAGGUGCACGGGGACGUGGUGAAGUACGGGAGCGUCAUCCAGCUGCUGCACAUGAAGAGCAACAAGUACCUGACGGUGAACAAGCGUCUGCCGGCGCUGCUGGAGAAGAACGCCAUGCGGGUGACCCUGGAUGCCACCGGCAACGAGGGCUCCUGGCUCUUCAUCCAGCCCUUCUGGAAGCUCAGGAGCAACGGGGACAACGUAGUCGUGGGAGACAAAGUCAUCCUGAACCCCGUGAACGCCGGGCAGCCGCUGCACGCCAGCAACUACGAGCUGGCUGACAAUGCUGGCUGCAAGGAGGUGAACUCGGUCAAUUGUAACACCAGCUGGAAAAUCAACCUGUUCAUGCAGUUCUGCGACCACAUGGAGGAAGUGCUGAAGGGGGGGGAUGUGGUGAGGCUGUUCCACGCCGAGCAGGAGAAGUUCCUCACCUGUGAUGAGUACAAGGGCAAGCUGCACGUCUUCCUGCGCACCACCCUGCGCCAGUCGGCCACCUCGGCCACCAGCUCCAACGCCCUGUGGGAGGUGGAGGUGGUUCACCACGACCCGUGCCGCGGGGGAGCCGGGCACUGGAAUGGCUUGUACCGCUUCAAGCACCUCGCCACGGGCAACUACCUGGCAGCAGAGGAAAACCCAAGUUAUAAAGGAGACGUGGCUGAGCCCAAAGCAGCGCCCACGGGCGGCAGCAGCCGUGCCAGCCGCAGGAACACCGGGGAGAAGAUCAAGUACAGGCUGGUGGCCGUGCCCCACGGCAACGACAUCGCCUCCCUCUUCGAGCUGGACCCCACCACGCUGCAGAAGACUGAUUCCUUCGUCCCACGGAACUCCUAUGUGAGGCUGCGCCACCUCUGCACCAACACCUGGAUCCAGAGCACCAACGUGCCCAUCGACAUCGAUGAGGAGAGGCCCAUCCGCCUCAUGCUGGGCACGUGCCCCACCAAAGAGGACAAAGAAGCUUUUGCCAUCGUCUCCGUGCCCGUGUCCGAGAUCCGGGACCUGGACUUUGCCAACGACGCCAGCUCCAUGCUGGCCAACGUGGUGGAGAAGAUGAACGAGGGUUUCCUCAGCCAGAACGACCGGAGGUUCGUGAUCCAGCUGCUGGAGGACUUGGUGUUUUUUGUCAGUGAUGUCCCCAACAAUGGCCAGAACGUGCUGGACAUCGUGGUGACCAAGCCCAACCGGGAGCGGCAGAAGCUGAUGCGGGAGCAGAACAUCCUGAAGCAGAUCUUUGGGAUCCUGAAGGCCCCUUUCAAGGACAAGGGCGGGGAAGGGCCCCUGGUGAGGCUGGAAGAGCUGUCGGACCAGAAGAACGCUCCCUACCAAUACAUGUUCCGCCUGUGCUACCGCGUGCUCCGGCAUUCCCAGGAGGAUUACCGCAAGAACCAGGAGCACAUCGCCAAGCAGUUCGGAAUGAUGCAGUCCCAGAUCGGCUACGACAUCCUGGCCGAGGACACCAUCACGGCCCUGCUGCACAACAACCGCAAGCUGCUGGAGAAGCACAUCACCAAGACCGAGGUGGAGACCUUCGUCAGCCUGGUGCGCAAGAACCGCGAGCCACGGUUUUUGGAUUAUCUCUCGGAUCUCUGCGUGUCCAACCACAUCGCCAUCCCCGUCACGCAGGAGCUGAUCUGCAAGUGCGUGCUGGACUCCAAGAACAGCGACAUCCUCAUCAAAACUGAGCUGAGGCCAGUGAAGGAGAUGUCCCAGACCCACGAGUACCUGAGCAUUGAGUACUCAGAGGAGGAGGUCUGGCUCACCUGGACGGACAAGAACAACGACCACCACGAGAAAAGCAUCCGGCAGCUGGCACAGGAGGCCCGGGCUGGCAAUGCCCACGAUGAAAACGUCCUCAGCUACUACAGGUACCAGCUGAAGCUCUUUGCCCGCAUGUGCCUGGACCGCCAGUACCUGGCCAUCAAGGAGAUCUCCCAGCAGCUGGGGGUGGACCUGAUCUUCCUGUGCAUGGCAGAUGAGAUGCUGCCCUUCGACCUGCGCGCCUCCUUCUGCCACCUCAUGCUGCACGUGCACGUGGACAGGGACCCCCAGGAGCUGGUGAUGCCCGUGAAGUUUGCACGGCUCUGGACGGAGAUCCCCACAGCCAUCACCAUCAAAGACUACGACUCCAACCUCAACGUCUCCCGUGAUGACAAGAAGAACAAGUUUGCCAGCACCAUGGAGUUUGUGGAAGACUAUCUCAACAACGUGGUGAGCGAGGCCGUGCCCUUCGCCAAUGAGGAGAAGAACAAGCUCACCUUCGAGGUCGUCAGCCUUGCCCACAACCUCAUCUACUUCGGCUUCUACAGCUUCAGCGAGCUGCUGCGCCUGACACGGACCCUGCUGGGCAUCAUCGACUGCGUCCAGAACCCUCAGCUGAUGAUGCAGGCUGUCUACAACGACGAGGUGACAGGGAAGAACGUGCGGAGGUCGAUCCAGGGCGUGGGGCAGAUGAUGUCCACCAUGGUGCUGAGCAGGAAACAGUCCAUCUUCAGCCCCCCCAGCCUCAGCACUGGCUCUGCCCCGGAGCAAGUGGACAGAGGGAGGAGCAUUGAGAACGAGAACAUCGUGGUGAUGGAGACCAAGCUGAAGAUCCUGGAGAUCUUGCAGUUCAUCCUGAACGUGCGGCUGGACUACAGGAUCUCCUACCUGCUCUCUGUCUUCAAGAAGGAGUUUGUGGAGGUUUACCCCAUGCAGGACAGUGCAGCUGAUGGGACAGCUCCAGCCUUUGACUCCACAACUGCAGCCAUGAACCUGGACCGGAUCGGGGAGCACGCUGAAGCCAUGUUUGGUGUGGGGAAAUCGAGCAGCAUGUUGGAGGUGGAUGACGAGGGAGGGAGGAUGUUCCUGAGGGUGCUGAUCCACCUGACCAUGCACGACUACCCCCCACUCAUCUCCGGCUCCCUGCAGCUCCUCUUCAAGCACUUCAGCCAGAGGCAGGAGGUCCUGCACACCUUCAAGCAGGUCCAGCUCCUGAUCUCAGCCCAGGAUGUGGAGAACUACAAAGUGAUCAAGUCAGAGCUGGACAAGCUCCGCACGAUGGUGGAGAAAUCGGAGCUCUGGGUGGACAAGAAGGGCAGCACCAAAGGGGACAGCACAGGGGAGGGGAACAAGAAGGAGAAGAAGGAGCACGGUGCCGACGAGGAGGUCAUUGCUCCAGGAGAGAAGAGCAGUGAGAACUACCAGAUAGUGAAGGGGAUCCUGGAGCGGCUCAACAAGAUGUGUGGGGUGGGGGAGCAGGUGCGCAAGAAGCAGCAGCGCCUGCUGAAGAACAUGGACGCCCACAAGGUGAUGCUGGACCUGCUGCAGAUCCCCUAUGAGAAGGGGGAUGCCAAGAUGAUGGAGAUCCUCAAGUUCACCCACCAGUUCCUGCAGAAGUUUUGUGCUGGCAACCAGGAGAACCAGGCCCUGCUGCACAAACACCUCAACCUGUUCCUGACCCCGGGGCUGCUGGAGGCAGAGACCAUGCAGCACAUCUUCCUCAACAACUACCAGCUGUGCUCGGAGAUCAACGAGACGGUGCCGCAGCACUUCAUCCACUGCGUGGCCACCCACGGCCGCCACGUCCAGUACCUCGACUUCCUGCACACCAUCAUCAAGGCCGAGGGCAAGUACGUCAAGAAGUGCCAGGACAUGAUCAUGACUGAGCUCACCAACGCCGGGGAUGACGUGGUGGUUUUCUACAACGACAAGGCUUCGCUGGCCACCCUGCUGGAGAUGAUGACAGCAGCCAGGGAUGGGGUGGAGGAGAACAGCCCCCUGAUGUACCACAUCUCCCUGGUGGACCUGCUGGCUGCCUGCGCCGAGGGCAAGAACGUCUACACCGAGAUCAAGUGCACGUCCCUGCUGCCCCUGGAGGACGUGGUGCGGGUGGUGACACACGAGGACUGCAUCACGGAGGUGAAGAUGGCCUAUGUGAACUUUGUCAACCACUGCUAUGUGGACACGGAGGUGGAGAUGAAGGAGAUCUACACCAGCAACCACAUCUGGACCCUCUUUGAGAAUUUCACCCUGGACAUGGCCCAGAUGUGCAAGAAGAGGGAGAAGCGCCUGCCGGACGCCACGCUGGAGAAGUACGUGCUGACGGUGGUGCUGGACACCAUCAACGCGUUCUUCAGCUCGCCCUUCUCGGAGAACAGCACCUCCCUGCAGACCCACCAGACCAUCGUGGUGCAGCUCCUCCAGUCCACCAUGAGGCUGCUGGAGUGUCCCUGGCUGCAGCAGCAGCACAAGAGCUCGGUGGAGUCCUGCAUCCGCACGCUGGCCAUGGUUGCCAAGAGCCGCUCCAUCGCUCUGCCCAUGGACCUGGACGCCCACGUGAGCUCCCUGCUCAACAGCAGCUCCACCAGCACGGUGCAGAGGAACACCUCGAGCUACAAGGCAGCCACACGCACCUUCCCCCGCGUGUCCACCACCCCCAACCAGUGGGACUACAAGAACAUCAUCGAGAAGCUGCAGGACAUCAUCAACGCCCUGGAGGAUCGCCUGAAGCCGCUGGUGGAGGCUGAGCUGUCCGUGCUGGUGGAUGUCCUGCACCGGCCCGAGCUGCUCUUCAUGGAGGGCACGGAGGCGUUCCAGCGAUGCGAGAGCGGCGGGUUCCUGUCCAAGCUGGUGCAGCACACCAAGGACCUCAUGGAGACAGAGGAGAAGCUCUGCAUCAAGGUGCUGAGGACACUGCAGCAGAUGCUGGUGAAGAGGAACAAGUAUGGAGAGAGGGGCAACCUGCUGCGGAAAAUGCUCAUGAACAACUACCUGCAGAACAAGAGGUCCAGCUCCAAGGGGGAGAUGGGGGAUGCUGCUGGGGGAGGCCAGGACCAGGACUGGUCGGCCAUCGCCGCUGUCCAGUGCCGGCUGGACCGCGAAGGGGCCACCAAGCUGGUGGCUGACCUCAUCAUGAACACCAAGAACGAGAAGAUCUUCCAGGAGAGCAUCCUGCUGGCCAUCCGCCUGCUGGAUGGAGGCAACACCGAGAUCCAGAAAUCCUUUUACAACCUCAUGACGAGCGACAAGAAGUCCGAGAAGUUCUUCAAGGUCCUGCACGACCGGAUGAAGAAAGCCCAGCAGGAGACCAAGUCCACGGUGUCGGUGAACAUGAGCGACAUCGGGAACAAACCCCGCGAGGACAAGGACGAGCCAGACCCUGGCACCAAAGGACGAGGAGACACCUUCCUGAUGCCCGGCACCCCCACGCGGUACCCGAUGGCCGUGGGGUUCCGGAAGGGCCACGACCCCGGGGAGCAGGGCCAGAACAACGAGAUGGGGGUGACGGUGCUGAUCAUGGAGCCCAUCCUGCGCUUCCUGCAGCUGCUCUGCGAGAACCACAACCGCGACCUGCAGAACUUCCUGCGGUGCCAGAACAACAAAACCAACUACAACCUGGUGUGUGAGACGCUGCAGUUCCUGGACAUCAUGUGUGGCAGCACCACGGGCGGGCUGGGGCUGCUCGGCCUCUACAUCAACGAGUACAACGUGGCUCUGAUCACCCAGACCCUGGAGACCCUGACCGAGUACUGCCAGGGGCCCUGCCACGAGAACCAGAGCUGCAUCGUGACCCACGAGUCCAACGGGAUCGACAUCAUCACAGCCCUGAUCCUAAACGACAUCAGCCCCCUCUGCAAGUACCGGAUGGACCUGGUGCUGCAGCUGAAGGACAAUGCCUCCAAGCUCCUCCUGGCCCUGAUGGAGAGCAGGCACGACAGCGAAAACGCCGAGCGGAUCCUCAUCAGCCUCCGUCCCCAGGAACUGGUGGAUGUCAUUAAGAAGGCCUACCUGCAGGAGGAGGAGUGUGAGAAUGCUGAGGUGUCCCCCCGGGAAGUUGGACACAACAUUUAUAUCCUGGCACUGCAGCUCUCCCGACACAACAAGUCUCUGCAGCAGCUCCUGAAGCCGGUGAAGCGAAUCCAGGAGGAGGAGGAGGAGGGAAUCUCAUCCAUGCUCAGCCUUAACAACAAGCAGCUGUCGCAGAUGCUGAAGUCCACAGCUCCAGUGCAGGAGGAAGAGGAGGAUCCACUGGCUUACUACGAGAAGCACACGUCCCAAAUCGAGAUCGUGCGGCUGGACCGGAGCAUGGAGCAGAUCAUCUUCCCUGUGCCUGGCAUCUGCGAGUUCCUCACCAAGGAGACCAAGUACAGGCUCUUCACCACCACGGAGCAGGACGAGCAGGGCAGCAAAGUCAGCGACUUCUUCGACCAGUCCUCCUUCCUGCACAACGAGAUGGAGUGGCAGAAGAAGCUGCGCAGCAUGCCGCUGAUGUACUGGUUCUCCCGCAGAAUGACGCUCUGGGGAAGCAUUUCCUUCAACCUGGCUGUCUUCAUCAACAUCAUCAUUGCUUUCUUCUACCCCUACGUGGAAGCCACUUCCAUGGGAGUGCUGGAUUCCCCACUGAUCUCGCUGCUCUUCUGGAUCCUGAUCUGCUUCUCCAUCAUGGCCCUGUUCACCAAGCGCUACGGGGUGCGGCCGCUGCUGGUGGCGCUGAUCCUGCGCUCCAUCUACUACCUGGGCAUCGGGCUCACCCUCAACAUCCUGGGGGCUCUCAAUCUGACCAACAAGAUCGUGUUCGUGGUGAGCUUCGUGGGCAACCGAGGCACCUUCAUCCGUGGCUACAAGGCCAUGAUCAUGGAUGUGGAAUUCCUGUACCACGUGGGCUACAUCGUGACCAGUGUCCUGGGGCUCUUCGUGCACGAGCUCUUCUACAGCAUCCUGCUGUUUGACUUGAUCUACCGUGAGGAGACCUUGUUUAAUGUCAUCAAAAGCGUGACGCGGAACGGGCGCUCCAUCCUGCUGACAGCCCUGCUGGCCCUCAUCCUCGUCUACCUCUUCUCCAUCGUGGGCUUCCUCUUCCUGAAGGAUGACUUCAUCCUCGAGGUGGACCGGCUGCCGGACAGCAAAGCCAAAGAUGAUCCCUUGGGGAUGCAAAAGAAUGUGGAAACCUUCGUGGAGUCGUGCAGCAGUGACAAAAUCAGCUGCUCUGCUGCACCCACUGCCUUGGAAGAAGCUGACCCGGAGCAGUGGGAACGUGCCUGUGACACGCUGCUGAUGUGCAUUGUCACCGUCCUCAACCACGGCCUGCGCAACGGCGGCGGCGUGGGGGACAUCCUGAGGAAACCCUCCAAGGAUGAGUCCCUGUUCCCUGCCCGAGUUGUCUACGACCUCCUCUUCUUCUUCAUUGUCAUUAUCAUUGUCCUCAACCUCAUCUUUGGGGUCAUUAUUGACACCUUUGCUGAUCUGAGGAGCGAGAAACAGAAGAAGGAAGAGAUCCUGAAGACCACCUGUUUUAUUUGUGGGCUGGAAAGGGACAAGUUUGACAACAAGACCGUGUCCUUUGAGGAGCACAUCAAAUACGAGCACAACAUGUGGAACUACCUGUACUUCAUCGUGCUGGUGAGGGUGAAGAACAAGACUGACUACACCGGCCCCGAGAGCUACGUGGCACAGAUGAUCAAGAACAAGAACCUGGACUGGUUCCCCCGGAUGCGAGCCAUGUCUCUGGUCAGCAAUGAAGGGGAAGGGGAGCAGAACGAGAUCCGCAAUCUGCAGGACAAACUCAACACCACCAUGAAGCUUGUGUCCCACCUCACCUCCCAGCUGAACGAGCUGAAGGAACAGAUGACGGAGCAGCGGAAGCGCCGGCAGAGGAUGGGGUUUGUGGAUGUCCAGAACACCAUGAACCACUGAGGCAGCUCCAGCCACCGAGGGACUGCACCGCUGCCAGCUGAGGAGGCUGCUCCUCCCCGGGCUCCAGGCGUGGAUUGUCACUGUCUGGGGAAAAUGGACCACGUGGAAAGGGCUUCCCAGGCAGCAUCUCCCUUAGAGCUUGUAAGCAAUCCCAGGAGCAGGGACUGGCCAGAGUCCACCCCACACCUGGGCCCAGGUGUUUUACACCCUCGUAGGAAGAUAAACCAUACAGGACUUUCAUUCCUCAUUGCAAUAACUCUUUUAUUUUGCAACUGUGGAGGGUUGUAUCUUUAUCUCCAUGUGCUCCAGCCCCUUGGCUGUGGGGUAAGUAGCUGUAGGGCCGCACUAUUUAACUUAUUCUGAGUGCCACUUGUCCCUGUGGGUAUCUGCCAAGCAGCCCUCGUUAUCUGCUGUGCCUGCUCCACGCUGACCCCUCUCCAUUUACAGAAUUCUCUCCAUCCUGUGGUGCAGCAAAGAGCAGCUGAACUCAAGGAGGUGGAUUUAAUUUAAUUAACUUGCCAGAUGAGGAGCUGAGCUUGUCCUAGUGGGAACUAAAAGUCUUUUGCCUUCUGUGGACCAAGGAUCUUUGGGAAGCAGUAGUAGGAGCCUGCAGGUUUACAGGAGUUCACUGUGAAGGGGUGUCCUGUGUUUUAGUUUCAUCUCUGGUGUCAUGUUUUACCUUUUUUUUGUUUUGGUUUUUUUUAGUUGUUAUCAUUGUUACUUAAGAACUGAAGUGUAAAUUGCCUUAACUAAAUUAAAUACAGAAUCAUGUUAUAAUAAAACCUUCAACGUGGUAAAGAAAGUCCCCUCCCUGUGCCCUCUGGUGUGUGAUAGGGCUUUGGGACAGAACCCAAAGCAGGGGUGGCACCCAGGGUGCUCCCAGCUCCAGGUGUUGCACAUCCCCUGCCAAACGCUGCCAUGAAGAGCCACCACCAGCACCAGCCCUGGUUCCUGGAGCUCUGGACCAGAGCCUGCUGCAGUUUCAAAUUCUUUCAGUGCCUGCCAGGAAAUCACUGCUGAAACCCAUAAAAAGGAGCAGCUGUUGGUGCUGUGGAGCCCUGGCACAGCUCUGCUCCAGACACGCAUCCUUCCCAAGCCAGCCCCAGCACCAAGCCCAAGAACAGACACUGAUGAAAGCAGAAAAGCUCUAAAAAGGAAUAAAAAAGCCCGUAACAGUGAAGUUGCAGAACACUUGAAAUGUGUUUAUGGCUCCAUCUAGCAGCAUGUCAUUUAAUCCUGCCUUCACCUUCAGCUCUGCACUAACCCACACAUCCCUCUCCUCAGGCUGGGGGGAAUCUGCACAGAGCUGGCUCCUCCAGCAGCAGCAGCUGAUUAAAAUCUCAAUUAAACUCGUGCAGUGCUCCACUGUCACCAUGGCAAAGUCACCCUCUGUCCUCUCUGUCUUCUCCGAAGGAAAAUAAAUGUGGUGAUUAAAGUUCUCCCUCCCUGCACUGCCCUGGUCCCUGGGCUAACACACAAACACAGGCACAGAGAGGGUUUCACAUCCUCUCUGUUCUCUUCACAAGAACAUUUAAAGCUGCACCUCCUCCCUCUGGGCAGCUCCUGCUCGUUCCA